AUGUGCGAAUCUGUACUAUAUAAAUGUGAAAAGGUACCUAAUGAAGAAGCUUUUGAAUUUAUUAAAGAUCAAUUAAAUGAGGUACCAUUAGCGGAUAAUCAAGAUAAUGAAGACAUUACAAAUAUUGAAGACCAUUAUGACUAUUGA